CGACACGCGAGCGUACCGUGAUCGCAGGCGUUAAGUCGAAAUUAAUUAAAACGAGCGUCGAACCUUCAAGAAUUUUAAUCAACGAAAGAAGCACGUUUGGUAGACGAAGCUCGUAAGAAGAAUGUCUUCGAACACGACCACCACCACGACCGUGUUACUGAAGAAGAGGGAGAGGACACAGAAUUGGGUCCCAGAGGAGAAGAACGCUUUGUUCUCGUUGAUCAAAAGCCACGUUAACGCGAUCGAGAACAAGAAAAUCGAUGCCGCGGCCUCAGCUAUGAAAACUCUAGCCUGGCAACAGAUUUAUUGCGCUUUUCGUGGCAGAUUUUCCACCGACCGAGAUAUCACCAGGAUGAGGGAACAAUGGAGAAGGAUGAAAGCACAAGCCAGAAUGGAGAUGUACACGUUUGCGGAGAAGGUGAAGAGUCUGGGCCCCGAAGAGGCUGCCAAAUGUCGUCCAUCGAAUCUCUCGAUCGAGGUAUGGAGAUUAAUGGAAAAUGCGAGGAAAAACGAAGGAGACGGCGAUCGUUCGGACGAGAACAGCCAAGAAGACCCGGACAACCCGAUGAAUCUGCAGACGAUCCUUGACAAACUAACAGCAUCCGCGCCGGAAGUGAUGGUCAAUGAAAUUAAAGUCGAGGCGGACAGCGACGACGACUACAACACGGAAGAAGAGGCCAGGACAGAAAUUUUCACAAAAAAGUCGAACACGAGGAAAAAACGACUACGGAUAUCCGAGGACGAACCAAUAGAUCUGGCUGAACAGAGGGUACAUUCUGCGGACAGUACAUCAUUGUCCAAUACGAAGGAAAGAAACGAUCGGAUCAAUAAUGAUCAAGAUGAAUCCACUCAAAGAGCGAUAUGGAUGGUGGAGCUGGCUCAAAGGGAACACGAGCUCAAAUUGAGAAUGUUAAACAUCGAAUUGGAACGUGCAGAGCUGCAAAAGCAGACCGCAAUUAACGAAUUGAAAACUUCGGAAAUUAAAAGGCAAUUGAUCGAGAAUCAAGCAGCUGAAUAUUACAGGUCAUAUUCUCGUUCGUUCUGA